AAACAGCCCCUUAUUGUACUCCCGCACUCUGUAAACUAUUCCCAAAGGAGAGAGUGGUUGCCGUGUAUGUAGAAGACACAAAGAGGAAGAUUGGAACUCAUUCAAGGACAACAAAUUUGAGCUUGAACAGCAAUACUCUGAUGGAGAAUGAUGUUUAUGAGGUGUGGCGCGAUGAUAUCAGUGAAUGGGAGGAUCCAAUUAGGGAGCCAAUGAAGAUGCCAUUUGUUGUUGAUCUAGAAUUUGAAGAUGAUAUUCUUCAGGCAGAAGCUGGUCUUUUAUUUGAAGAUGAAAUGAACUCUGAAAAUGAAUAUGACGAUGAGGUAAUUGAAAACGCUGCUGCAGCAAGACAGAGAUUUCACCGUCUAUAUGACUUCAUGGAAGAUUUUGCACAAAAUACAUCUCAGAUCAUUGAUCCUACUCUGUAGUAGUGUAGCUAUUAUUUUUUGUAAUCUACAAAUGGUGCUUUUUGUGGAUGGUAGAAUCAACAAAUACUGAUGAUCCAUUUCUUUCAUUUUGUUUUGUUAUCUGGUCUUGAAGUCUCUUUUUACUGAGAUGCACUUAUGAUCACCUUCAAUGCUAAUUUGGUCAUAAUAUAUAGCUGCAAGGGAUUCUAUUGAAUUAUUAUACAUUCUGUGCAGCACGUUUUGGUUCAAAAGCAUGUUAUUUGAGUGCA